GCGUUAAGAGCGACUACCACCACCAAAUGUCUAAAUUGAGACGCUCCGAUCUGCCAUGAGCUCAUACUUUGCCAGCUAUGCCAUCAUAUGAUGAAUAUUGGCUGCACUCCUCAUUGAGAUGUGCGAUCCGGCGGUAAUCGAGCUGCCGCGCCGGCUACCGCAUGUGUUGUCGAUGCGCUCAUUGUCUCAACCUCGUCUCGAUGUCAUGGGAGUGCCGAUCAGUGAAUCAUGCUUAGAGCGAUUAUAAGAAGACUAGACUCACUGCCUUUUGCCAUGCCCCAAGAUGGCCAGGUUGACACUUCUUUUGACAAGUUUCGCAAUUGCCACCACGGCUCAGAGCACCGGGUCUCUCGGUCUCGGCGAGCCAAGCACUUCCCUUGUUGACUCUGCUACUUCGACGCAGACAGGCUCUAUACCUGCAGAGACAUUUGGUCAGACUGGCGUCAACGCAUCCUCCUACACCUAUGUGGCAAAUGGUAGUUUGACUGUGCCUCAACCCAAGCCAUAUACGCCUGCAGGUGCAUUUGGCAACAACGGCUCCCUUCCCGUCUAUCAUCCUUUGUCAGACUUUGACUACCAGAGCUUGAGUCUGGCUCUCUACCAAGAAUGGAUUGAACUGGAUCUCUUCCAUUAUGGCCUUGCAACGUUCUCAGAUGCCGAAUUUGACGCAGCCGGUAUCGAUCAGAAUGGCAGAUUCCUGAUACAAACACUCGCAGAUCAAGAAGUCGGACACGCCACACUCAUUUCAAACAUGCUGGGAAGUUCAGCGCCCGAGCCAUGCGAGUAUCAGUACCCCUUCACCACUGUCAAGGGCUUUAUUGAUUUUUGCGCAAGACUGACACGUUGGGGAGAAUCGGGCGUCUAUGGUUUCCUGAAUCGCUUGGAUUCCCGCGCUGCUGCACAACUCCUUCUGCAAAGUAUCGCCACUGAAGCUCGCCAGCAACUCAUCUUCAGACAACUGGAUGGUCUUGAACCUGUUACGGAAUGGUUCAUCCCUGGCGCUACGCAGAGCAUGUCGUGGACACUCCUUGCACCAUACAUCAAAGGUUGUCCUGCUCGCAACUUGGGACCUCGUCGACUCGCCUGGCAAAACUUCCCGGCCCUCAACAUCACGAAUGGUCCCUCUGUGGUGCCACCAUACAACACGACAGAAGUAUUCAAUGCGUCCCUGACACCAUCGCACAACCGCACAACGCCCAUCUCUGCACCGUUUCGCAAUGUGUCGAUGACUUAUGACGCACCAGGCCAGCUUGUCGGUCCCAACAGCUCGUAUGUGACGUCGACGGGUACGUUGUUGCCGCCUACAUACGUUGCGUGGAUCUCACAGCUCAAUGUGACGUUCUCGCCAUUUGUCAUGACGGGCAACAACUCUGGCUAUACAUUGCAGCCCAAUGGCACCAUCUGGCCUGCUGUUUAUGGACAGUCGCCACUCGUUGAUAACGUCAAGAAGUUGGGUACUUUGAAUGAUCCAUCGUCAAAGGAGCUACUCAAUGGAACUGUCUUUGUGAUGCUUGUUGAUGCAUUGACGCCUGCACUCAAUUUGACGCCAUUCAAUUUGAGCAACAUUAAUCAGCAUAUUGUUGCUGGUCCUGCAAUGUACCUGGUGGGCUAGGGGGCUAGGUAUCAACGAAUCUUGGUAUUAUAUACAAGC